AUAGUAGGUUCAAACACGGCUUAUAAUAUAGUCGGGUUUAGUAAAAUGGCUCAAACUUGGCCCGACUCACUAAAAUGAAGGCUCAACUCAAAUAUAAUCGGGCCGAGUCAUCGGGCUUCGGUUAGGCCCGGCUCAAUUGCCGGUCCUAAUGAAAUCCUUUUGUGGUCAUUAAUUGAAUUUUUGGUUAAUUUGGGGGUGAGAUUAGCAAUAAUUAUUUUCUGCUAUGGACCACUUGGGCCAUGGUUUUUGGACCAGCCCAUUUCAGCAUUAAUCACAAACUCCCACCCCCGAGUAGCCGCCGUCGCUUCCCGAUAUGGCUCAUCCGCCGCCGUACGAGCCGUACUAUCUAGCUCCGCCUCUCCCCGACUACGGUUACUCCACCAACGACGGAAAUGGUAUCAACACGCUAUUCGUCUCCGGUCUCCCCGACGAUGUGAAGGCGCGUGAGAUUCACAACCUCUUCCGCCGCCGUCCAGGCUUCGAGUCCUGCCAGCUCAAAUACACCGGCCGAGGCAACCAGGUUGUGGCAUUUGCGACGUUUGUGAAUCAUCAAUCGGCGAUGGCAUCUUUGCAUUCUCUGAAUGGUGUUAAGUUUGAUCCUGAAACUGGUUUAACUUUGCAUAUAGAACUCGCAAGAUCAAAUUCAAGAAGAAAACAUAAACCAGGAAGCGGCCCGUAUGUUGUGAUUGAUUUAAGAACGAAAUCUGGCGCUGAUGCUAGAGAAACAUCAAGUGAUGAUGAUGACGGUUCUGAUGAGAAUGUUGAUGCUGUGAACCAAGAUGAUUCGGCUGCUGACAAAAGCGCUGAACAGACAACCACUAGUAUUGAUGCUUUUGCUCCAGAUAAUGAUCAAGCAGAAAAAACAAGCGACGGGGCAUGCUCUACCUUAUUUAUUGCUAAUUUAGGUCCAAAUUGUACUGAAGACGAACUGAAACAAGUUCUUUCUCUAUACCCGGGAUUCAAUAGCCUCAAGAUUCGUGCCAGAGGCGGAAUGCCAGUUGCAUUUGCUGAUUUUGAGAAAGUCGAACAAGCAACACACGCAAUAAAUGCACUUCAAGGAAGCACGCUGGCAUCUUCUGACCGCGGUGGCAUGCAUAUAGAAUAUGCGCGGUCGAAAAUGAGGAAGCCCUGAAAAAUCUACUGCAUCGGGCUUUUUUAAACCUAAGACGGCUGAAUAUAUAGCAAUCGACAAUGUUAAAAAUUCAAUUCCAAGGUUCAGAUAUUGUUGUUCUGUAUUUACAAAGUUAGUUUUUUUAACCUUCUAGUUUGGAUCUCCCUCCAGGUUUUCUUUAUUUGGUGUAACCUCUAUAAAUUAAUAGAUUUAUAACUGUAUUAAUUUAGUUAGUUUUAAAUAAUAAUCGGUAACUUAGUUAAUAUUGAUUUCUUGUUUAAUUGAUAUAUUAUUAAUUUGUAAA